UCCUCACACUCACACAUUGUUCUGGGUCCAGCUGUGCCUUGUUCUGUGGGCUGAGAUGACGACAGAAACGGAGUGUGGGGGUGGACAGAGAGGGAGAGAGACAGAGUGGCUAAUUGAUUCAGAGCAGAAUGUUCAUUCUGGGUUAGCAUCUCACUGUGCCAGUGUGUGAAGCCUGAGGUACUGGAACCUCUUUAUAGACCUUCCACUGAAAAUCCAAUAUCCCAACAUGCAGUGGUGCAAGUGGGCUGGGAGCUGGAGGUCACAUUUGCCAAGACAGUCUGCUGAGCCAGAGGUCGAGGACACCUUUGACUUUCUUUUUAAAAUCAUCCUGGUCGGGGACUCUGAUGUUGGAAAGACCUGCAUGGUGCAGAGGUUCAAGUCGGGUAUAUUCAUUGAGAAGCAGCAGAACACCAUCGGCGUUGAUUUCACUGUUCGAACCCUGGACAUUGAUGGGAAGAAGGUGAAGAUGCAGGUGUGGGACACUGCAGGACAGGAGCGUUUCCGCACCAUAACACAGAGUUACUACCGCAGUGCGCAUGGAGCCAUGGUGGCCUACGACAUCAGCCGCCGCAGCACAUUUGAAUCUGUUCCCCACUGGAUCAGGGAGGUGGAGCAGUACGGAGCCGCCAGCGUGGUAGUGAUUCUUGUCGGUAAUAAGUCGGAUCUCCAUGCUAAGAGACAGGUGCUGUUUGAGGAUGCAUGCACCCUAGCUGAAAAGAACAGCCUGCUGGCUGCUCUGGAGACAUCAGCUAAGGAGGCCCAGAACAUAGACGCCGCCUUCAUCCUCAUGGCUCGGGAGCUGCUGGCCCGCAACGGCAUGACCAUCGCAGAUCAGAACUCUCAUUGCUCUCCGCAGUUCAUGCUAAGCGAUUGCUCACAUCCAAUUCAAGGCAACGUUUCAGACAAUAAAAAGUGUGGGUGCUGAAAAGACAAUCAGAUUUAGCAUU